AUGCGCUUGAUCGAUGCCGAUGCCUUAGCUAAGAGAGGAGACGUCAAAUUUGAAGUCUGGCCAGAAUAUGCAAUUCCUAAAUAUGCGAUUCUGUCGCAUCGCUGGGGUGACCAUGAAGUUACAUUGCAAGAGCUAACCUCCAAGGAUCCCCAUGAGUACUGGUUUGCGACUCAGAAGGCCGGGUAUCACAAGAUCUACAGGGCUGCAGUAACUGCUGUCGACUACAAGUUCAAGUGGCUUUGGUGCGAUACGUGCUGUAUUGACAAGACUAGUAGCGCAGAGCUGUCGGAGGCCAUUAACUCGAUGUACCGCUGGUACAGGGGCUCGGAUCUGUGUCUCGCGCAACUGUCUGACUUCCCCUCUUUUGCCGUACCCAAUUUCACACAAAGUGUAUGGUUUACACGUGCUUGGACCCUACAGGAGCUUAUUGCGCCACCGAAACUCAUCUUCUUCGAUAACACUUGGAAGUCAAUAGGCACAAAGCACCAGUUGGUGGAUGCAAUUGCUCAAAGGACCCGUAUCGAUAGGGAUGUCCUCAACGGCGACAAACGGCUUGAGAAGAUCACAGUGGCACAGAGAAUGUCUUGGGCAGCAGAUAGGGUGGCUGGCAGGACUGAGGACAUUGCGUACAGUCUGCUUGGCAUAUUCGACGUGAACAUGCCAAUGUUGUAUGGAGAGGGCAAAAAGGCUUUCUUGCGUUUACAAGAAGAGAUUAUGCAACGCAGUGCAGACCAAUCAAUCUUUGUGUGGUUCCCAGCAGGUGAUUCUUCCACGAUUGGAUUGAGACAAACAGGGCACUUGUUUGCCACAUCCCCGGCGGAUUUUGCGCAAUGCCACCGACUGCAGCAGCAGAAUCAGAAAAAGAAGGCCUUUACGAUCAACAACCUUGGUCUCGACAUCGAGUUAACCCUACAACCCACAGGCCUCGAUACCUAUCUAGCAUAUCUCGCAGUGGAAAGUGGUGGACCCAACUAUCUGGCGAGCUUGGCUUUUGAGGUCGACCCAGAAACUGGCUUGCUUUGCAGAACCGGCAGCUCGCUCGAAAGGGUCCACAAAAGAGCAGGACCUCAGAUGCAGCAGACGAGGAGAGUGACUGUCUUACGUUCGGCUUCGACAAGACAUCAGCAUAGCACAGCGGCACUAUUUGGAUUCCACUUAGCCACUAAACCAAGUACCUUGCGACUGGUCAACAAUUGGGAUCCAAUGAGCGAGUGGGAUCUCGGCGAGUGGCAACCAGGGAACUCACCUAGUCAUUUCAGAUUUUUUAUUCCUCCAGGUGUUACCGCAAGCAUCGCAAUGCUGACAUUAUCCUUGAGCCAACGGGUCACGCUCCUGAUACAGCUCGGCUACGAUUUCGACUUCAACCCCUGCUGCCACAUCAGCAAAAUGACAUUAGACUUCCAGGAACGCUUCGGUCGUCGAAGCAAGCUGGACGCAGGAGAGGACGACUCAAGAUUCGCCUGGCUCAACAGCAUACCCUCUACACAAUGGGUCGCUGGCAUGCGGCAUCAAUACACAGAGGUCGUCGAUCCCCUCACAACCCAGCGCUACUGGAUCUGCAAAUCAGUUGACCGCCAGGAAUUCACAGCGACCAUACCGACACACCUCACGAAACCACACACCAACCUGGCGAUCAAGUUCUCCAUUCUCACACACUCGAACAGGGAGUGGCAAUUCGAAAUCGACACAAGCUCGAUGCCUGAUUUUUUGCAUCAGAGUGGAAACAUCUCGAUCAUAGAUGUGAAGGCUGAUGCUGAGCAGGAAGUGCUUAAGAGGCGGACGCCGGAUCCAGAUGAUCCAGCUGAGUAUUUACGACAUGCGAAUUAUAAAGACCACAAGAUGGGGAUGAAGAUGAAAGGCCCUCUUGGUCCUGGGAUGAAUGCGAGAAUGGAUACGAGUCCAAUAUAG